AUGAAGUGCAUUGGCAUCUUCCCCGGCUCAGGAGGCCUAGGCGGCAGCACCUACGAUUACCUCUUGAAACUUCUCCCCAGCGACCACAUUAUCCUCAUCAACCGGCACCCGGAGCGAGUACCCCAAGAACACAUUAAGAACGGCCUUCGCGCACGCAAAGCAUCAUACGAGUCGAGCCCCUCCGAUCUCGAGGCUGUGUUUGCCAGCAUCGAGGUGCUCUUCCUCAUUUCCUACCCAAGUCAUGUGCACGAGUACCGCAAAAAGGUGAGAAGCAAAAAGCUCAAGUUGAACUGGUCUGAAGACCAAGACGGGUGGCCUGACAAGAUUCACAGGUCCAACUACCAGUCGUCGAUGCAGCUCGUCGCGCAGGCUUCCCUAGCCUUCGGCGGCGACCUACAAGAUGAUUCCGUGGCGGAGGUAAUGCAAGCCCACCUCUCCACGGAGCGCCACCUAGCCUCCGCCGCGGCAUCGGAUCCGAGCUUCACCUACACGUCCAUCCGCGAGGGUCUCUACUCAGAAUCGUACCCAAUCUACACCUCCUUCUUUGACAUCAACUCCCCCUCCUCCUCAAAUGAGAUCCUCAUCCCGCAUGACGGCGCUGGCCCGGGCGUGGCGUGGGCGAAGCGCAGCGAGCUGGGAGAGGCGACAGCGAAACUUAUCGCGCAGUAUUCCUGGGACCCGGACCAAUUCCCUCACGUCAAUAAAAAGGUCCUACUCACGGGUCCGCGGGCCUGGUCUCUUGAGGAGACGGUAAGGGUGCUUGGGCGGACUGUCGGGAGGGGCGUGAGGAUCCGCGAGGUGAGCGUGGAUGAGUACGUGAAGCUGCCGCAGGUUUUGGCGAAGUUCGGGUCGGUGGAGAAGGCGAGAACGUGGGCGACAGCGUGGGAGGGGGUUCGGGCGGGAGAGACUUCCGUUGUUUCGGAGACGUUGAAGGAGGUUAUUGGGCGGGAUCCGGAGGAGUUUGAUGUCACGAUACAGAGACUGAAGCAAGCAUGA